UCUGGUACUUUCGACGCGCCUGCGGGCACCUACCUCAGUUCGCGUCCGGAGGUCGGAGGUGGAGGUCGAGGUUCUGUGGUUCGAGAACAGUUUGGAAAAACCGCUCUCCUUCCUCAGCUUCGAAAGGAAGGCGUCCGCUGGUCAUUCCUUUUAGUCUUCGGUGAGGCGUCGGCGGCCUGUGGUGUUGUUUUCAGCGCCGAGUUUCCGGGAGGGGAGACUUGCAGCCUCCGGCGGACAUGCCCCACUACGUGAAAGACCUGUGGCCUGGCUCGCCGCAGGACAAGGAGUCCCCCUCGACGUCCCGGUCGGGCCGGUCCAGCCGCCUGUCCUCGGCGUCCGGGAGCCGGUCUUCUUCCCGAAGCUCUCGGUCCCGCUCCAGCGUCUCGAGCCCGGCGUCGUCGCGGGGUAGGAGUCGGAGCCGACCGCGGCGGGGGAGCAGGUCCCGGUCCCGGAGGCGCCACCAGAGGAAGUACCGGCGCUACUCGCGCUCGUACUCUCGCAGCCGGUCGCGCUCCCGCGGCCGCCGCUACCGGGACCGGCGCUACGGGGCGCCCGGGAGGUCCCUCCGCUCGCCGUCAAGGCCCCGCUCCCGCAGCCGGUCCCGCUCGCGGGGACGCUCGUAUUACCGACGGGCCUACGCGCUGGCGCGGGGGCGGCGCCACUACGGCUUCGGCCGCACCAUGUACCCGGAGGAUCGCCGCACUUGGAGGGGCCGGUUUAGGAGCCGGAGCCGUUCGCGGAGCCCCAGCCCUUUCCGUCUGAGCAAAAAGGAUCGAAUGGAGCUAUUAGAAAUAGCAAAAGCCAACGCAGCAAAAGCUUUAGGAACAGCCAGCUUUGACCUACCAGCCAGUCUCCGAACUGUCCUUGCGUCUAAAGAAACAAACCGCGGAACAGCUGUACCAAACAGUGGAGCAAAGUCUGAGCUGUCGGAAAAACUAACAGAAGAUGGAACUAAAAACCUCAAUGAAAAGUCUGGCCAGCAAAAGAGCAUAGCUUUUAGCUCUAAUAAUUCUGUAGCAAAGCCAAUGCUUCAGAAAUCAGCUAAAGCGACUGCUGAAGAGACCUCUACAGGAUCUCCCAAAAUAAAUGAGAAGAAAAGUCCAUAUGGACUGUGGAUACCUGUCUAAGGAAAGAAAACUAUAUAAGGUUGGCUGAAAUGCACUUUAUUGCAAGUUUGUGUUCCAAGCAUUAUUCCAUCCCUGAAAGCCACUUAGGGGUCGUUGUUGCAAUUACAAUUGCAAAGUAAUAUGCAAAUCUUUAAUAUUUAAAUAUUAACAUUUGAAGUUUCUCUUGUAGAUAAGAGAUAACACACAUGGACCAGAGGAUUCGUACAGGUGGGAGUUUUGUACAUACGCUUGUAAAUAUUUUGUAUGAUACCAAUGUAAUGUAAAAGCAAAAUUUAUAAGAGAAGCAGUAAUGGAAUUGUUUAUAUUUGCUAAUAAAGUUUUUGGUUUUUUAA